GCUGAGCGAACGCUGCAGAGACGUGGCUCGUGCAGAGGCUGGACAGACCUCUGUUAUCACCUCCACUGAUCGCCAGGUGCAUCAGCUGAAAGGGAACAGCGGCUUCCACUGCAAACAAUGCACAAAGAGCAGAGAGGAAAGCGUGUGAUGCUCCAGGAGACACGCACAGAUCUGCAUGCGCUCACAAACAAGUCACGAAUGUACACAUGUUGUUUUAACGCCAGGCUAUAGUGAUUUGUUAAAGGGUGUUGGGCUGCACUGUUAUACGCGGUGACAUCCCGUGAUCAUUUAGCUAAUUUUAUUAUAGGAUAUUGUCAUUGUUGUGAUUAUUUCAGUGACAGCCAGGCCUUUAUAUAAUACCCAUUUCUGACUCCGUGUGUGUGUUGCUAUUGGAUUGUGUGAAGCGCACUGUACUCUGCUCCAAUAGCAUCCCAAUGGCGGUGAAUGGGGGAAUGAAAAAAGUGUAGCCAUGCAUGCAGGAGUGGGAGGAUCCACUCGCUUCAAUCUCGAUCUCAGACUUUUUGCAGCGACAGGAGCACAACCAGCCAACCGUCUGCGUGACUUCCAAAGAGUUACUGCCGGGACAUCUACACACUUCCUCGUGUCUUUGGAUUUGUUGUCAACUCUUUUCGUCUACUUUUUUUGCCUUCGUUCCUCCUCUCUGGUUCCUCCGCGAAGACGCUGUCCAGCUCUCUGCCGGCGGCUCGAGGGGCGAGAAGAUAAAGCGUCCUCCGAUCCUAACAGGUCUGGUGUCACUGGAGCGCCUCUUCCGCGGGAGAACAGCCCGAGACGUGCACCAUGCUGGACGGCAUAAAAAUUGAAGAUCACCCCCUGCGAUCGGGACAAGCCACGCUCGGAGUCAUGCUCGGCACCGAGUGUCAUCACCCGUCCGUGUGCGAAGGAUGCCAGCGCCCCAUCUCCGACCGCUUCUUGAUGCGAGUCAACGAUUCCUCGUGGCACGAGGAGUGUUUGCAGUGCACCGUGUGUCAACAGCCUCUCACCACCAGCUGUUACUUCAGAGAAAGGAAACUUUACUGCAAACACGACUACCAACAGUUGUUUGCCACCAAGUGCAGCGGCUGCAUGGAGAAGAUCGCCCCCACGGAGUUCGUGAUGCGCGCCCUGGAGUGCGUCUACCACCUCAACUGCUUCUGCUGCUGCGUGUGCGACCGGCAGCUGAGGAAGGGUGACGAGUUCGUCCUGAAGGAGGGCCAGCUGCUGUGCAAGAUCGACUACGAGCGGGAGAAGGACCUGCUCAGCUCGGUCAGCCCGGAUGACUCAGACUCAGAAAAAAGUGACGACGAGGAGCUGGACGUGAAGCCGGAGAAAGGCAUCGGGGGCCAAGGGAAGGGGGACGAUGGGAAGGACCCCAGGAGGCCCAAAAGGCCGCGGACCAUUCUGACCACUCAGCAGAGACGAGCCUUCAAGGCCUCCUUCGAGGUGUCCUCGAAACCCUGCAGGAAGGUGAGGGAGACGCUGGCCGCGGAGACGGGACUCAGCGUUCGGGUGGUCCAGGUGUGGUUCCAGAACCAGCGAGCCAAGAUGAAGAAGUUGGCAAGAAGACAGCAGCAACAACAAGAACAACAGAAUUCUCAGAGACUCGGCCAAGAGGUGAUGUCCAACCGCAUGGAGGGCAUGAUGAACUCCUUCACGCCGCUGGCUCCGCCGCAGCAGCAGCUGGUCAGCAUGGAUCAGAACGGCUACAGCACGGACCCGUUCCAGCAGGGGCUCACCCCCCCACAGAUGCCAGGGGACCACAUGAACCCGUAUGGUAACGACUCCGCGUUCCACGACAUCGACAGCGACACGUCUCUCACCAGCCUCAGCGACUGCUUCAUGGCGUCGUCGGACGUCAGCUCCAUGCAGGCGCGCGUGGGAAACCCCAUCGACCGCCUCUACUCCAUGCAGAACUCUUACUUUGCGUCGUGAAAGAAGAGGACGUGGCGGAGACAGCAGCAGCAACAACAAAAAGAAACACAACACAUCAGCACAGAAUAAACUGCCCAUCUCAACCUGAAGCGCGAAGGCCGGGAGUUUCUGCACCGACACGGCACACGACAGAAGAGGCGCCUCCUGGCAGUAGCUCUUGGCGGAAGCUCACCACAAGACAGUAAAACCACUUGUUGUAGGACAGGGAGGAUUCCUGGGGAAAAAGAACUUAAACAUUGUUAGAGAUCAUUCGAUAGGAUUGCUCAUCUGCCACGGGAGCUGACACUCGAUUAAAAAAAAAAGAAAAAAGAAACAAACAAGUAGACACCGAAGCCACUGAUUCCACGCAUCAAACCAAACGACACAGUGAGUUCAUACAGUGCAUGAUCAGUUGUAAACUAAGACGUUUUGUAAGCCCCUCCCCGGUCGAGAUGUGGUGUUUGGACCGUUUCCCCGUUACACUACAUUCACUGUUAGCAUUUUCAUCACUUUCGAUAGGUUUAGAUAUUGUGUUAAUAGUGACUAGGUGCAGCAUGUCUGCAAGAGUGACUGUACAUUUGUGUAUGUGUGCGAGUCUGUGGCGAGAGAGGAGCGUUUAGAGGAGACGUAGGACCAGUGAAGUGUAAAUACUUUCCCCAGGCCAAUUGGAUGUGCAUGUUAGAAAUGGAAAGCAUUCUAUUUAUUUAACUAUAACAGGCUCUUGAAGGUACAUAUUAAAACUGAAAAGCUUUAUUUAAACGGAGAGCAUUUUUUUUCCUUUUUGUUCAGCAAUUAGUGAGUUCAUGAGUAUCACAACUCAUCUGUACACCUUUUUAAUAUGAAGAUUAACCCUUUCGUUGUCGUCGUUUCGUUUCCUUCAGCCAAGCUGUAAAUGAGCUGCGUUGCUAUUUAUUUCGUACAGACCAUAAACCUUUCUUUGUCAUUGUCAUAUGUGCAUUCUCGAAAUGUUAAAUUUGCUAAUUGACCAAAGUGGACUGGUUUGAUGAAUAAACAAUGUCUUUUUUUCCUGAUAACAUUAAAUAAAUGCCAUUCAGUGAUCA